AUGACGCUCGAGCUGAUGCGUGCCCGCAAAAUCGCCGUGCUGGGCUCCCGCGCCGUCGGCAAGUCGUCCAUGACCAUCCAGUUCGUCGAGAACCACUUUGCAGACACCUACUACCCAACCAUCGAAAACACCUUCCACAAGCUCGUCCGGUACCGCAACCAGGACUACGACGCCGAGAUCAUCGACACUGCCGGCCAAGACGAGUAUUCGAUCCUGAAUUCCAAGCACGCCAUCGGCAUCCACGGCUACGUCCUCGUCUACUCGAUCGCCUCUCGACAAUCCUUUGAGAUGUGCCACGUUGUCCGAGACAAGAUUCUCAACUACACCGGCAUCGACUGGGUACCCAUCGUCCUGGUCGGCAACAAGGCCGAUCUCUCGAACCAGCGUCAGGUCCCAACCGAGGAGGCCACUCGGGUCGCUAUCGAGUGGAACUGCGCCUUUAUCGAAUCGAGCGCCAAGCACAACCAGAACAUUGGCAAGAUCUUUGAGCUUGUCCUGGGCGAGAUCGAGAAGCAGGGCCUCGACUCGGAGCCGCCUCGGACCAGUGGCUGUCUGCUGAUGUGA